AUAAAUAUUUAUUUAUUUAUUUAUUAUUAUGUGGGGUCGAAUUUCUCGUACACAAAAAGUGCUAUUAAGUGGUACAACUACAAUAGCUGCAUUAUACCUCUAUAACAAUAGUCAAUAUGGUAAUCGUCACCGUCACACUCUAUUUAAACCUUACAAGGUUUAUGCAGAAGCACAGCAGCAACAUGUUAGUAAAAAACAACCUAUUUGGCAUGCACCUACACGUGAACAAGAACUGUCUAAAUUAAAGAGCAGUCAAGAAUUUGAUUUAUUGAUUAUAGGUGCUGGUGCUACAGGUGCUGGUAUUGCUUUAGAUGCUGCUGCUCGAGGUUUAAAGGUAGCUUUAGUAGAAAGAGAUGAUUUUGCAUCAGGUACUUCAUCUCGCUCUACUAAACUUGUUCAUGGUGGUGUUCGAUAUCUUCAAAAGGCCAUCAUGGAAUUAGAUUAUGAGCAAUAUAAAUUAGUUGUAGAGGCUUUACGAGAAAGAAAGCUGUUUAUUAAUAAUGCGCCUUAUUUAGCUGGUGAACUUCCUAUCAUGUUACCUAUUUAUAGAUGGUGGCAAGUACCAUAUUAUUGGUUUGGUUGUAAAUUAUAUGAUUUGUUUGCUGGUAGAGAAGCUCUUGAAAGUAGUUAUUUCUUGACAAAGAAAAAAGCAUUAGAUGCAUUUCCAAUGUUAAAAAAAGAUGAACUCGUAGGAGCUAUUGUAUAUUAUGACGGUCAGCAAAAUGAUGCUCGUAUGAAUGUAGUUUUAGUGUUGACAGCUGCACAAUAUGGUGCAACUAUUGCGAACCAUUGUGAAGUAGUUGAACUCGUUCAUAAUGAAAAUAAUUUUAUUAAAGGUGCCAAAGUAAAGGAUAAUUUAACAGGUGAAGAAUGGGUGAUAAAAGCAAAGGGUGUUAUUAAUGCUACUGGACCUUUUACAGAUGGUAUUCGUAAAAUGGAUGAUGUAAAAACACAAGAAAUUGUUGCUCCCUCCUCUGGUGUACAUGUCAUUCUUCCUAACUAUUAUAGUCCUCAUAACAUGGGAUUACUCGAUCCAUCUACAAGUGAUGGUCGUGUUAUCUUUUUCCUUCCAUGGCAGGGCAAUACUCUUGCUGGAACUACAGAUUCACCUACUGAAGUCACAGCCAACCCUAUUCCCAAGGAAGAUGAAGUUGAAUGGAUUUUAACUGAAGUCGCACAUUAUCUUAGCGAUGAUGUUCAAAUACGUCGCUCUGAUGUUUUAGCUGCAUGGUCGGGUAUUCGUCCAUUGGUGCGUGAUCCUGAGGCGAAAAAUACUGAAUCUCUUGUCCGUAAUCAUAUGAUUAAUGUCAGUGAAAAUAAGCUUUUGACCAUUGCUGGUGGCAAAUGGACAACAUAUCGUGUAAUGGCAGAAGAGACAGUUGACUGUGCUAUCAAAGAAUUUAAUCUAAAGCCUACAAGCCCAUGUCUCACAAAACAUAUGCCUAUGAUGGGUAGUCAAGGAUUUUCAAAUACAAUGUUUAUUGGUCUUAUUCAAGAGCAUGGUAUGGAUACUGAGGUUGCUAAGCAUUUAGCAGAUAGUUAUGGCGAUCGUGCCUGGAUCUUGAGCGAGAUUGAUGAUUCAACUCAGAUGCGUUGGCCAUCCUAUGGUAAACGUAUUGCACCUAAUUAUCCUUAUAUUGAGGCUGAAGUACGCUAUGCAGUACGCGAAGAAUAUGCUUGUACGGCUGUAGAUGUCUUGGCGCGCCGUAUGCGUUUGGCAUUUUUAAAUGCAGAGGCUGCUUUAGGAGCUUUACCAAAGGUGAUUGAGUUGAUGACAGAAGAAUUAGGUUGGGAUAAGGCUAGACAAGAGAAGGAAUAUAAUGAUGCCAAAGAAUUCCUAAUUACUAUGGGUUUAAAGACUGAUAAUACAUCACUAAAUGAAAAGGACAUAAAGGCUACAAAAGAAGUGAUUAACUAAAAAGAAAAACAAAAAAAAAAAGAAAAUAAUAA